AUGCAUCGUCUUUUUGCUGAGCUGGAGCCAUCUUUAACCGUCACAGAGCAAAACCUGGCAGAUCGAGUUCGGUAUAUCUUGCGCUCAAAUAUAUUUGAUGUCGCCGAACUCGAACGGCUACGACGUGAGGCUGUUCCCUCGUCGGAUGAGAAUGCUACGACUGAGGAUGCGGCGCCACAAAUGGUAGAGCAACCGGCAAACGUGGACGCCGCCGUGAAUACCCCAGUUGUGGUUGAUUCAAACGAUGAUGGAACAGUCGCCCAGGAACUGGAAUUAGAGCAUAUGAGGAGUACAUUGGAAGAGGCGAUUGUGGAAACGCGCAGUACGCCUCUCGAAAAUCGACCGCGACUUCCCCGCAUAGCCCUAAGCAAGCGGAAUCGGGCUGUCGUGAGGGCUCUGAACCCAAUGCUGGUGACCUAUUUGGAAGCCAGCCGGGACCUUUGCGAGACGGACUCAAUUCUUUUUGGCGCCGCGCUGGCAGUCUGCCGUAUCAUAGGCGCCAAGGUUUCCACGGCUGGACGCGCUACUGGCCAUAGUAGCGCUAUCCCAGCAUGGAGAAGAAGAAUUGAGGAACGUAUCGCAAAGGCUAGAGCUCUCAUCGGCGGACUGAUAUGCUUCAGAUCAGGCAACAACAGGCCAAUGCGCACCGUCAGGAUGGCGUUUGCUGGGACAAAUGUCAGUUUGUCCCAGCCGGAUAUAACGCAAAAACUGACGGUGCGCAUAGAUGAUCUGAAGCAGAGAAUCGCUGCUUGGGGAAAGCGGAUUCGGCGAUAUACCGAGAGGUCGACACGGUUCAACCAGAAUCGUCUCUUCCAGAGUGAUCAGAAGAGGCUCUAUGAAUCAUUGGAGCGACCAAUGGUAAGUGGAACGGGUCCAGCACCGAAUCAGGCCGACACUGUAGCAUUCUGGCGCGGCCUGUGGUCAGAGCCCGUAAACCACAGCGAGGGCCCUUGGACGGAAGUUGUGGCGAGUCAGUGUGCGGGUAUUACGCCCAUGGACCCCGUCAUCAUAACGCCGGAUGACGUAGCUGAGGCGGUCCGUAGGGCCCCGAACUGGAAAAGUCCGGGGCUUGACGGGCUGCAUCACUACUGGCUGAAGCGGUUCAUGGUGUGUCACUCUGUGCUCGCCCGACAGUUUCAAGAGGCUCUCAACCAGAAGUCGCUCCCAAGCCUCUUCACUACUGGGAUCACUCAUUUGGUUCCUAAAGACCAGGUCCCAUGCACAUGUUACGAGACGACUAUGGAAUUUGACAAAAAGAUAAGGCUUCUAACAGAUGAAAAAACCAUUUUGUUUGGACAGACGUAA